AUGUCUAUCUCAUCUUUUGAUCAAAGCACGCUAACUACUCUAUCAUCUGAUGACAAUCAUAAUGUGGCACCACCACAACAAUUCAAUACUCUACGUGCACCAAAAACACACCCUAUAUACGAUGAAGAUGUCACCGACGAUAAUUCGUUGGUUGAAAAAUAUGAGUCAGAUGAAGACCUUGAUGACUUGCAGAAAUAUAUCUCUAUAAAGGAAGAUGAGCGCACAAUACUGACACACCGUGAGCGGACCGUCAUGGCAUUGACAUUAUCAGUAAUUGGUCUAUGCUCGGCUAUGUCUAUGCCUAUCUAUUGGACGGCCCUUACAGAACUAGAGCGUGAGUUCCAUACCACUGAAAGCAAAAUCAAUUACACUGUGACUGCGUACCUCUGUUUCCAAGCGGUUGCACCUGUUUUCGUCUCUUCAUUCUCUGAUAUCUGGGGCAGACGCCCUGUGAUGAUGGGCUGCCUUAUUGGAGGUAUUUGCACUAAUGUUGGAAUAGCUGUUUCUAGAACCUACUGGUUGAUUGUGUUUCUCCGUUGUGUUUUGGCGUCUUUUUUGGCACCAUUGGUGAGUAUAACGACAGCAUCCGUUGGUGACUUCACAACCAGGAGGAACAGGGGCAGUUUGACUAGUCUGACAGCAGGUUUCACGUUGAUUGGACAAGGAUUUGCACCAUUUAUUGGUGCCGUUAUGGAUACUGCUUGGGGUUGGCCUGCAAUUUUCUGGUUCUCUGCUGCAUUCAAUGGUUUAAUCUUACUAAUUCUAUUUUUCUUGGCCCCCGAAACACAUCGUGGUUAUGUUGGGGAUUUAAGUGUCAGACCUAAGCAUUUCAUUCAUAGAAGCCCAUACUUGAUCUAUUUAGGUGAUAGAAUAAAACCAUAUGAUAAAAGUAAAGUUGAAAAAAGAAUCCAUAAGUACCAACCAUGGAAACCGUUGAUGUUGACCUAUAAGUUCAAUAUUUUGUCUAUUUUAGUUCCAUGCUCUAUUUUAUUUGCUCUGUGGACUAUAUCACAAACUACACUAUCUGUUCACUUAAGUAAAGAUUACCACAAAUCUGUGAUUAUCAUAGGUCUUUGUUUUUUUGCCCCAGGGUUUGCAUGCAUUUUGGGAACACUUACAGAAGGUAAGAUUCUUGACUAUUUAUACAAAACAAAAAAAGCUGUUCACGACGAGACUUAUAAAGACGUCCAUCCAAAGAAGAAACCACCAUUUAACAUUCUUAAAGUUAGACUACUGACCAUUCCUUUUGCUGGCUUAUUUAUUGCGAUAGCUUCAAUUGUUUUUGGAUGGUGUAUGGACAAGCACACCAGUAUUGCACCAAUUUUAGUCAUGAGUUUUCUCAUCACGUUUUUUGCAAUGUUUCCUUUAAACAUUGCUGCUACAGUUUUAGUUGAUAUGUACCCACAAUUUUCGGGUGGUGCAACAGCUUUAAACAACCUUUUUCGUUGUGGUAUGAGUGCUAUCUUUGUUUCAUGUCUAAACAUGAUGGAAGAUAAAAUGACAGUCGGCGGCACCUACACCUUUAUGGCUGCAAUUUCAUUACUUUUCAUUUUCUUAAUCUUGAACUUGAUCCAUAGGAGUGAAAAAAUAUCGGCCAAUGCCGCCCUUAGUUCAAAAGUUUAG